UUAUUUUUAUCUCUGUUAUGCAUUAUGCUUCUGCUGUCAGUGUCAAUCGGUGCUGGGAAAAAAUGACACGAUAUACUAAUGGUCCUGUAUCUCAAUACAUUUGUCGAAAUUCAUCAAAUGGACUGAAUUGGUCACAUAAAUUAGGACUUUUACUUAGGAAUUUCAAUCUCAAGAGUAAAAUAGGCCCUAAUGAAGGAGAUUGCAAAGAGUUUUACGUAGGCACUGAGAAAGUCGGUAUAAUUAGGCCAGAUAUUUGGAAGGAGCUCUUGCAUUAUUCAGCCAUUUUUCAGUAUGAUCAGGCUCAAAAUAAAGUUAUUUUGAAUCCUGAAUGGCGGACAUAUGAAGAAAGAAGUGAGAAACUUGAUGAUCUUCUUCGCGAGUUACGAAAGAAAGAAAUUUUCAGCACUUUAGCUGGAUGGAGAAAUGAGUGCUAUGAUGUGAGUUCUAAAUUUGGUGAUGUUCCAGUAAUGAAGAUGGAAAGGUCGGCAACAUGUUUGUUUGGCAUUAAAAGAUGUGGUGUUCAUGUUAAUGGUUUUGUUAAAAAUGCUGAUGGUACCAUGAGUAUCUGGAUUCAGAAAAGGGCUUGUUCAAAACCUACUUGGCCAGGAAAAUUUGAUAAUAUGGUUAGUGGAGGUUUUAGUGUUGGAAUGACUAUUUUGGAAUGUGUUCGUAAAGAAGCUCAGGAGGAGGCUUCUUUGACUGAUACUUUAUUAAACAGUAUGAUACCAGCUGGAGUAGUUUCAUUCAUGUUUGAAGAUGAAAGAGGGAUUUUCCCUGAAACUAUAUUUGUAUUUGAUUUGGAAAUACCUUCUGAUUUCAUACCUACAAACAGUGAUAAUGAAGUUGAGAGCUUUCAUUUGUUAUCCAUUGACGAGUUAAAAAGGGUGAUAGUGACUGAUGAUUUUAAGCUUACAAGUUCUUUGAUUGCUUUGGACUUCUUAGUGAGACAUGGUUACCUAAACUGUGAUGAAGAACCAAAUUAUAUCAAGUUACUGGAAACCCUGCAUACACCAUUGCAUUAUCAUUAGUAAUUAGAUCGCUUCUUUUAGAUUAUUGAUGAUGUUAUAAUCAUUAUGCUGUUUGUGAUUUCAUUUUGUUAUAUAAUUGCCAGAAGCAAUGUUCAUUUUAUUUUUUUUAUUUAAGAAUAUAUGUACAUAACUUACAUCUUUAAUUGCAUAAUUCGUUUUAUAUUGUGAUGAAAUCAAAUUAGUAUAAAUUGAUGUGUGGUUUUUGACA